AUGCAACUUUACAAAAACACAAGAGAUGAAUUAACACAAAGACUUGAGCAUCUUAGUAGUAGAGGAAGAGUUCUAACACCAUAUGAAGCUAAAAGUUUGGUUGCUCUACUGUACUCUGAAGAUAAAACACUUAUAGAAAGAGCUCUUGUAACAAUUGCCAACUGUGCAGCAUUCAGUGUUAAUCUUGAUUUUUUGCGAGAGGUUGGCUGUAUUCAUCGUCUAACAACCCUCUUAGAAGAUAAUGAAGUACGAUUACCAGCUGUACAAACUCUGGGAAAUGUAGUUUUGUCUGAAGAAAAUAUACGCCAAGCCAAGGAUUGCCUUCCAAUUCUAAUGGGCUUUGUGCAGAAUAGUCAUGGUGAUGAUGCUCUACGCUUAGCUUCUUUAGUAGUUCUUACAAAUAUUGCCACUAUUAGUGAGUGGCAUGAGGAUUAUUGCCCCCUGCUUCAUAGACUCUACCACCUGGUUGACAGCCCCAACCCUCACAUCCAGCUUCAGAGUCUCAGAUUACUAGUCAACUUGUCAUGCAACAGAGAGAUGAUUCCUUCACUGCUGGCAGCAGAGGGUCCAAGGAAACUCAGCUCAUUAGUUGUUCCGGAAACAAAUGAGGCAAUAUUAUUGCGUGUUCUCACCCUGCUAGCAACUUUAGCACAUGCAGUAAGUGAAGACAAUCUGAAUCCCAGUGUGGACCUGCCACCAGAAGACAAAGCAGCUGCUCCUGACACCAUACACGAUGAUGCUUCCCCCACAAGCUUGCAAGGAGAAAGGUAUGCGCGAUUGUUUGGAGUGAGCAUCCGUGAUCGUUUGGUUACGCAGACUCAGGUUUUGAUGCGCAAACACGAGGACCCAGAUAUUCAACGGCAGGCUGGGAAACUACAUGCAGCUCUCAAAGAUUGAGUGUGAAUCACAGUUUCUUCACUUCAUGAAGUCCAUGCUCACAGAUGCCUUUGAGAUGUUAAUCUGCAAUAGCAUGGACCAAGCUUGCAUUUAAGUAUUUGAGGAACACACUAAUGUCCGUCAUGUUGGAUAAGGUAAUAGAUCCCUUAAAGUUCAAAGAACAUGGAAGGAAGCUGUUUGUUGGGAUCUUUUUUAUUUUCUGUGACAUUUUUACUUUUUUACUGUACUUAGAUUAUUUAUGGUCUCAGUCAAAUAUUAUUAGAAUGUUAGUAAAGCAAGGUUAAUUGUUGUAGAAAGUGAUUUGAUAUAUGCAGGAGAAGGUUUCAGAAUUUGAAUUUAUGUUCAACCUGUUUAAGAUAAUAAAAAAACAUGUUUGAAAACUUGCAAAGGAGAAUGUAAUUCACUAAGCUGGAAUCUUCAUUUUUAGUUUUAUUAUAAAGCUUGCAUAAAUUGUUUCUAUCAAAGAACAUAUGAUAAUUAUCAUUUUGUCGUAAAAUAUUGAAAAUAACAUAUUUAGGGGCUAGAACACACUUUUUUGUAUCAGUACUUUUCUCACAAUUAACUUCAUCAUGCCAUACAUUUAGUAUUUAGCAAAAUUAUUGGAAUGUGUAUAUUUUCAUUUUUUUUAUUUGCCAUAAAAGUAAAACAGCACAUAAUACUUUUCAGUAAUGUUAUUUUCUUCAAUGCCAAUAUAAGAUUGUAAUUUAUAAAUUUCAAACCUUGGAAGAAAUUCAUAUUUGUAAAAUGAUUCAUUAACCCACCAACACUGGUAUAUUUUGAAGCUGAAAAUAAAAGUUUCCGUGCGGCUACAAAAUCGUGGCCCGCCGCUGAGGCGGAGUGUGAACCCCGAUACAGCGUCACACUUGCGGGACGCCCGGCAAUUUUAUUUUUCCGGGUGUCUCAUAUGUGGCACACCUGUCGUAAGUGGGUUAAGAUGACAUCAGUAAUUGAAGUGAACUAUGCAAAAUAAGUUCAUAAGUUUUAACCCACUGACGGGUGUUCCACAUAUGAGACACCCGAAAAAAUGAAAAUUGCUGGGUGUCCCGCCAGUGUGACACUAUAUCGGGGCUUGUGCUCUGACUCCGUAGCAGGCCGCGGCCAGCGCGUGGGCAGAGUCUGGGCCAGCCCUGUGAGCCAAUUUUGUAGCCUCCCAGAACCUUUAUUUUCGGCUUAAAAAUAUGCCGGUGUUAACGAGUUAAUAAAAAAGUAUGUUCAUUAUAUAUUUAUAGGUACACUGAUUAUAACCACUACUAUUUAAAUUAUGUGUCUGAUAUUUGUCCGAUAUUGCAGAGGUCAUAGUUGUCUUAGGGGUUUGUAUUCAAGUUAUUUGGAAUGAACAUUACAGUACAAGCCAUUACAUUAGAAUUUCUCAAAGAAUGGUUGUUAUACCACAAAGUAUUCUCGAUGUCUCCCAAUAACAGCAUUUGGUUCUGUUUUUCAUAUUCUUUUUUCUCUUUUUCCCAUUGGAAAUAUGCAUCAGGACAAAGGUUGAUCUUCAAAUAUUGGAGAGAAUCUAACUGUAGCAUGUGAAAUACAAUGUUGAUAUUUUGCUCAAGUAAUUGAAGGUUACUACUUUCUUCUGGCAUCACCUGGACACCCUCAUAAACAUUGAAGACAGUCUAUUUUCAUUUAUUUUUAUUUUAUUUUUUUUUUUUCAAAUAAUCUCAAGAAAUUGGAAUAUUCUAGAAUGUGUUUAUUAUAUAUUUAUAAGUAUUGAUGCUCAAAAAAUUAAUGAAAAGGCAUACACCAACUCAAUUAGUUUCUGAGUAUAAGUUUUUCAUGUAUGCACUUUUGAAAAAAGUAUUAUGUAAUGGCAAAUCUAAUGUUGGGGUAGUCAUCUUUUCCUAAUGAGCAAUAUUAGUUGGCCUUAUUUGAAUGAAUCAUUAUCAAGAAUACUUUGUAAGAGUUAACAUUUUAUCAAUGUAACUGAAUGUGACUACAUUCUAAUGAAUAUUGAAAUAUAUGUCAAUAAAUGCAUUUAUGACCCAUGAUGCACAAAGGUAAAUUUUUGGACCUUGUUUAGGCAAACUUAAUGUGUCAUUUAUAUAUAUAUAUUCCUGUAUUUGCCAAUCUAUGCAUCUGUCUGUCAGUUUGUCUGUGUGUCUCUCUUUAUAGGAUAUAUUUAUACACCAAGACACGCAUAUGUCUCAUUUACUUUUUUAUUUACAAUAUGGCAUACUUUUAAUAUCCAACAAAUAUCAGAAAUGCAUAUACAUAUCCCAACAUGGGUCAUUCAUACAGGCAUUGCUCAGUAAUAUAAUGAAGAUGGAGAAAAAAGGCCAGAUUUGGUCAUAUUCAUGAUGUAUAUAGACAUUCCAAUUUUAAUUUUUGGUUUCUUAUUAUCUUUUUUAAUAAUAGCCUGCUUACAUGGAUUCCAACUUAAUGAUAUUAUAUAAUAUUAGGUCGUUUAAGAAGCUGAGCCUCUGCUCUUACAAUGUGAAAUUAAAAAAAAAUUCUUUGUGCACCAGUUCAGUUUUUAAUGGUUAUUCAUUGAAAAUAGAACAUGUAUAUAUACACUUCACAGUGUUUCUGUCAAUAUGUUGUUGUUAUAUAUCUUGGUACUUCUGUCAAGGAAGUGUAGAGCAAUGUAUAUAGCUGUGAAAACUGUGCUACUUUUGUUAUAAUAUUUGUGCAGGUUAUUUUGUGCUUUUCAAGUGUUCCUUAUGUGAUAUAUGUUAUGUUAUCUGUAUGUUAGGCCAGGUAUACAGUUUGACAAAAUACGUUCAUCGAUGUUGGCAAUCCUCUGUAAAGAAUGUAUGUAAAACUCUUUUUGAGUUUAGCAAAGUUUAAGGAAUGUUCUUAUUAUUAUUAAAAGAAAAAUAAUGA